AUGGCUCAAGAAAAACGUAAUUCUAAUAUCCUCCCUUUGAAAAAAUGUUCGAAAACACGUACACUUCGAUCCUUAUCUACUUCAAUGAUUCCACAAACUAAACCAACUUCACAACUGUCUACAGCUCACGAUAAUAAAAUUGAUGAUGAAACUCAAAUAGCGCGAAAAUUUUCUUUAUCUUCUCGUAAACUUCCUAGACCAACUGUAUCUACAAUUUCAAAAUUAUCUACAAAUGAUAAAUCAUCGAAUGUCAUUAGCAAUAAUGAAAAUAAAACAUCAUUUAUUACAAAAAAUAAAUUAUCCCCUAUUGAAAUUAAAAAGAAACAGCCACCUCUUGAAGUUAAGAAAACAAUUCCUCCUCUAGAAAUUAAAAAGAAACCUCCUCCUCUUUUAGAAAUUAAAAAGAAACCUCCCCCUCUUUUAGAAACUAAAAAGAAACCAUCACCUCUUUUAGAAGCUAAAAAGAAGUCCUCUCCUCUUCUAGAAGUUAAAAAGAAACCUCCUCCUCUGGAAAUUAAAAAAAAACUGUCUCUUUUUGACAUUAAAAAGAAACCACCUCCUGUUGAAAUUAAGAAGAAUCCGUCACCUCUUGAAGUUAAAAAAAAGUCAUUAGAAAUUUUAAAGAAUCCGCCGGAACCACUUGUGAUUAAGAAAAAAUCAACACCUUUAUUAACAAGGAAUAAAUCUAUAUCAUCUAUCGUCAAGAAAAAAUCCAUGCCUCUUAUUAACGAAUCAUCAUCGUUUAGAGCACAAGAUGUUAUUGAAAUUAAACGUUUGGCACCUGCUCGUGAACGAUCUCGUGAACAAAAAGAUAUUAAAUGUGGAAACAAUGGAAGAUACGAAUGGAAGGAUAAUGAGAAAAUUGGGGAUGAGAAAAAACGUUCCGAGAAACAUCGUGUUGAUGAGAAAGAUGUAGAUGGUGAUAUAAAUGAUAAAGAAUUCCUUGACACUUUAUUGUCAAAAGUAGAUUUAUCACAUCCUAUUACAGUUGAAAUGAUAACUCAAGUUAUAGAACUUCAAAUGAAAAAUUCUUUGUUAAAGGAAGGAAACCAAGUACUUUGGCAAGAAUAUAAAUGGCAAUCAAAUUUAGAGCGUGAAUUGAUCGAAGAACUUAACAAAAUGGAAGCUGCAUUUGAAAAAGUUACUUCGCCAAAGAAACAAACUGAUGAUAAUACAUUAAAUUCCCUUAAAAUCGACCUUAACGAUUCUUCUCCUUCCAUGACCACGCAAAAAGAUAAACGACAAGAAUUAGAGGAAGAUCUGGCAUUUCUUAGGGUCACAAGUAUUAUCGAAUCAAUGAAAAAUGAUAUUCUAAUUCAAUUAGAAUAUGGUAUUGACAAAAUUAAUGUAGAAGAAUGA